AUGAAAGACAAAGAAAGAAGCAAAAAAGUUGCUGGGAAAUCAGAAGUUAAAGAAAGGAAAUUACACAAAAAAGAUAAAGAACCACUCAAAAAAGAAGAAAAGAGUGAAGUAGUGGAAUCUAAAAAUAUAGAGAAAGAAGAAACAAUAGAAAAGCCUAAAUCCAGAUCACUUAGAAAUCAGAAAAAAUUAAAAGAACCUAUAGAGGAAGACAAAAAAGAGCCUGAGCAAGAAGUUGAUACAAAGAAAAAAGCAAAAAACUCUCCAAAAACCAAAGCAAAAAUAGAGCCAGAAGUUGAGCUCCCAAAAAAGAGAAAAUCCAAAAACGAAGCUGAGCCUCCUAAAAAGAAAAAUAAGCCAGAUGCCACCAAAAAGCCAGCCCCGCCAAAAAAAGUUGAAGAUCCAGACAUUGUCAUUGGAGGUCUUUCUUUUGAAGCAAAGCCAAAUGAUAUCAGUGAUUUUUUAUCCACCUGUGGAAAAAUCAAAAAAAUCAGUAUCCCAACCAAAGGUGUUGCAAUCGUAAAAUUCGAGACUCUUGAAGAAUGCAAAGAAGCCAUUAAAAAAAGUGGUCAAAAUCUUCUCGGAAGACCCAUAAGAAUCAGCAUGUCCCAAGGAUUAUCAAAUAUUCCUAAAAAGCCCAUCAGCAAAAAAGCUUCAGUUUACCUUGGAAAUAUUUCUAAUAAAACCACUGAAGAGUCAAUAAAAAACUUUUUCAAGGACUGUGGUGACGUAAAAGACAUACAAAUUCCUUUGGACACAGAAGGAAAUAGAAAAGGAUUUGCCUUUGUGGAGUUUUACCAAGUAAAAGCCACAGAUGAAGCCGUUGAAUUAGAUGGGAGAAAACUUGAUGGAAAUGAAGUAAAAGUCAACUAUUUGGCACAAAGGACAAAAAUCAGCAAAAAUAAACCACACAAAGGCGAAAAAAUUACCAAGGUAAGAAAAUUAUUUAAAAAAGCCAAGCAUUAA